UCAUUUUAAAGAAAGGGACUCUGCUGUAUUAUGUAAAAGUAUUAAUGUUUACGUAUCUUUUAAUGCAAGAUUACGCUUACGCGUAGCCUUUUGUUUCUUGUGUUUAAUCUGAUUCUCAUCUGAUUGUGCAAUGUGCAUAACGUCACCUGAUUUCAUUUGAUUGAAAAAUGGCGGAUCAGGAUAAAAACAAGAAUUACUUUCUGCACAUUGAUGAACUGUCCAGACGUCUCAGUGCAGAUCAGAGACAUCUCUCAGAGGAAAAUCAUGUUUGUUUAGUCACUGAAGAGCUGUUAGGAGAGAAUGAGAAAGAAUACACAAAAACACAGUCAGAGUUACAUUAUGUCCAGAAAAGUAUUGAAGAGUACCAGAAAAGAGAACAAAAUUUUAAACACAUCAAAAGUCUUCAAUCAACUUUAGAAAUGCUGGAGGAAAACACUGCUAUCCAGGAUGCAGAAAUUGCUCUCCUUGAGAAGGAACUAGAGGCUCUUAAUCUAGAGAAAGAUUCACUUGCCAAAACUUAUUAUUCAAAGCUGGAGGAAGCAAAGCAACGUUUGGGGCCUCACUUGGUGGAUGACGAUGUCGCUGAGAAAUCAUUGAAGAGAGAUCAUGUGAUGCGACAGAAAGAAGAGCUCGAGUCAGAAGUGGCCAUUGUAAAGAAGAACUAUAGUAAUGCAGUUUUAGAAGAUUGGCAACAAUUUAAAGCUUUUACAUUGGAGUUAGCUGCAAAGGCUAUUAAGCUUAAAGAGGAGGAAAAGAAAAGGGACAUUUGCAAACAGAAAAGUCAUCAAAUGGAUGGUAAUGCUGCAUUUUCAUCAGAAAUGUUGGUAACACUGCCUACAGUUUUAUUAGAGGAUAUAAACUUCUGGUAA